CGACCCCGCCCCCCUGGCCCCGCGCGCGCCCGGCGGCGGGGAAGGAGCGGCGGCCGCCAUGUCCAUCUUCACCCCCACCAACCAGAUCCGCCUCACCAACGUGGCCGUGGUGCGGGCGCGCCGCGGCGGCAAGCGCUUCGAGAUCGCCUGCUACCGCAACAAGGUCAUGGGGUGGCGCAGCGGAGCGGAGAAAGAUCUCGAUGAGGUCCUGCAGACACACACGGUGUUUGUCAAUGUUUCCAAAGGCCAGGUGGCAAAGAAGGAAGAUCUUGUUAAAGCAUUUGGGACGGAUGACCAAACGGAAAUCUGUAAAAUGAUCUUGUCAAAAGGGGAGCUGCAGGUAUCGGACAAAGAACGACACACGCAGCUGGAGCAGAUGUUUAGAGACAUCGCGACUAUUGUGGCUGACAAAUGUGUGAAUCCUGAAACGAAAAGGCCAUACACAGUAAUCCUUAUCGAAAGAGCCAUGAAGGAUAUUCACUACUCCGUCAAACCACACAAGAGCACAAAACAGCAGGCACUGGAAGUGAUCAGACAGCUAAAGGAGACCAUGCAAAUUGAACGUGCUCACAUGAGGCUGCGAUUUAUUCUUCCAGCAAAAGAGGGGAAGAAACUGAAAGAGAAGCUCAAGCCACUGAUUAAAGUUAUUGAGAAUGAAGACUUCCAGGAGCAGCUGGAAAUUGUGUGCCUUAUUGACCCGGGCUGCUUCAGGGAGAUUGAUGAGCUGAUCCGGAGUGAGACAAAAGGGAAAGGAACGCUGGAAGUGCUCAGCCUGAAAGAUGUGGAGGAAGGAGAUGAAAAGCUUGAAUAACAACAGCAACCUUCCUGGAGCGAUUCUACUUUAACAACGUCCAACGAAAUGACUGGCAUUAGCCACUCUCUUUUGUUAGGCCUUCAUGUUUUUUCCAAUCUCUUGCUGCCAAAUAUUUUCUGACACUAAUCCUUUGGGAUUUUUCCAUGCAGUGUGGGUCUUUUUUUUAUCAUUUUACACUUGCUUGGUUUACAAAUGGGUUUGCCUGUAGGAACGUUUUGUGUCAGAGUUGCACUAAUGAGGAUUGAGUUAAGACCGGGUGCGGAAGUUACUCGAGCUUUGGUUUAGUUUAAGGGUUGCUGUUGAAGAGUGUUUGGCUGGUACGGUGCCAAUCAGUUUUGCUCUAAGUUGUCAGUGUUGAGUGGAAGAUUCCAGAGGUCACUGAGGGGUGAGUUUUGUAUGCGAGGAGAGGAACCUGAAGAAAAGGGAAGCUGCAUUUUCACUUCUAAACAGGUGCAAAGUGUGGAUCCGUGUCUAAAGUGAUCUCUUGGCAGCAUAAAAACUGACUUAGACUUCCAUAAUUGGCUGCUUGAUAAUUAGAGUACUUUAAAGGACCAUUCUUACAGAUUUCCUUCACUGGAUAUAACAGUACUUGCUGAAUUAGAAAAAAUGUUCUCCAAAUAACUUAUUCGUAAAAUAUAUUUAGCUACAUUUAAUACAAAUGAACUAUCAUCUAUUUAUAUAUUACAGAUACAGAAAGAAAGAAAAUAAUUAUUUUUGUUAAUAGUAUAGGAGGUAUCUCUGGCCGUGGCGAUGCUUUGUAGGAUGAAGGGGGGUAGCCUGCGCUCAUGAGCUGUUCUCAUUCGCGUGAUAAAGUGAAUCUCGAACCGGCAGCGGUGGCCUCUGGCCAUUGAGGCAGACAGGCUUUUGUUGGGCCGUAAUUCCCUAGCGGUAACUGUUUGUAUGUGCCCCUUUUCUCUUUAAUGCGAUAGAGAACAAUUCUGGCAGCUGUCCUUUAUCCUCUGGGGUUUUUAUGCUGCUUUCUAAUACAUGCACAGAAUUUCCAGCCAGCUUCUGAGGCACGGUGCACAGUUCUUGAUAAUUCUGUUAAAUCUUGUUUCAGCUGUGUUAAACAAAUGCUUUUUAAGUUGAACUUGCGUAUUUCAAAGAAGAGGGGAAGAGAGGACAACAACUGGAGAAGGAGAUAGUAAAAAUACAUACCACCAGGGAAAGCAUAUAUCCUUGGGUGACUAAAAGCUAAAGCAGCAGGAAUUAAGGAGCCUUCGGUAUUACGUCCCUGUUUCCAUGCUGAUAGCAGGCAGCGAGUCAGGAGCUGUGGGCCAGCCAAGGACGGCUCUCUCCCGGAUGAGCGUGUGUUGUGUUCAUUGUUUGCUGUGUGCGUGACUCUGCCUGUUAGAUGAUGAUUAGACAGAGCUCUGGUUUGUACUCUGACAUAACCUUUUCCUUUGUACCAUUAACACAUUGUGAAUUUUCUAGAAUUUUUGCCGGGAGAGUUGAAAUCAGCUGGACAGGGAGAGGUUUGACCUGUGGGGUGCAGAGGGCCUGUAGCACUAGAUCCUUAGUUGAAGGCUUCCUCUUGGAAGCUGAUUUCUGCAUCAGUCUAUUGGCAUGAGCUUGUGCAAGGUUGGGUUAAAUUUCUUCAGUAACAUUUUGGAAGGACCUGCCACUGUAGAGUCUGCGUUUUGCUGAGGGCUAGUGAAACGGAGAUUCUUGAAGCAUUUUAUCCAAUUUGAAAUGCUUUCCCUUGCUCUCAAGGUGAUCUUCCAUGGCGUUUAAAUUCUGCCUAGGAAGGUUUAGCGGCAUAAUUAGAUACUUGCCGUGUGGAUGCAGGCCCAACGUGGAGAUCUCUGCAUGGACAGACUGGCAAGAUGCCUUGUGUCUACAAGCCCUUGUCUUUCAGACGGCCAUCUCUCCAUGCAUACUUUGUGAAGCACUGAAGAUUAUUAUGUUAAUAUUUAGCUUGUCGCAGGCUGUUAGCGCUAACAUGCAACUCAUAAAUCUGCAAAUGAGACACUGAGUGAGAGCCUCAGUUGAUGUUGCUGUCGGUAAUACUUGAUUCCACAAUCCUGUAAUUGCUUUGUUUUCUAUGGUCAACACCUAGAGCACAACAGGAUGGCUGCAGGUUAAAGAUCUUGAGUUACAGAAACAAUCCAAGCUGAUUUACGAGCUUGGCGCUAGGAAGGCAAUUUCCUUAUUGGAGUCUUUUUCUGUGAAUCAAGCGUUAAGGAUUUUCUCUGGUAGAGGGAGCUUCUUUUAAUUUAUCAACAAAUAAAUGUACAUGCUUG